ACCAGAACCCCCCCACCGCAAUUACCCCACUAAUCAGGGGAACUAUCUUUGGAACCAUAUUGCUCACAGGUCGGUGAGUCACGGGCCACGGUCACGGUCACGGCUGUGAAAUGUAAAACCCUCGCUGCUAAAUUUAGAUUGGCGUAAAAGUUUCACAUGCGGCCAGCAGCAUUCUCAUCUGCUCAAUUAAAAGCGUUCCAACGCUCAUAACGCUUGAAAUGGUGUCGCCUGAGUUGGCGCAGCUCCACAACUCUUCUCCCAUGGCUAAACCCUACGUACGGAACAAAGCUUCUUUCUCGCUCGCCGACAGUUUCCUCUUUCUCGGCGGAGCAUUUGUCGCGCUUUUGCUUGUUUGGAGCCUCUCGUGCUUCACUGGCCCCAGCCCCAAUCCCGACGGCAUUUUCGGGCCGUUAGGCAUAGGCGGCUCUCAAUCCAAGUCCAGCGGUGAUUCGCUAAAUUGCGGUGGGGAUGUUAACCGGCGCUACGACCCGGACGAGACGAACUUCUACGACGAACCGGAGAUGAGCUACUCGAUUGGGAAGCCGGUGAAGAACUGGGACGAGAAGCGGAGAGAGUGGCUGAAGCAGCAUCCGUCGUUCGCCGCCGGAGCGCGUGACCGCGUUCUUAUGUUAACUGGAUCGCAGCCGUCGCCUUGUAAGAAUCCCAUCGGCGACCACUUGCUGCUGAGGUUCUUCAAGAACAAGGUUGAUUACUGUCGGAUCCACGGCUGCGAUGUCUUCUACAACAACGCGUUGCUGCACCCGCAGAUGGGCUCGUACUGGGCCAAGCUUCCCGUGGUCCGGGCCGCCAUGCUGGCCCACCCGGAGGCCGAGUGGAUCUGGUGGGUUGACUCGGACGCGCUGAUCACCGACAUGGAUUUCAAGCUCCCACUGGACCGCUACAAGAAUCACAACCUUAUCGUUCACGGAUGGGCCCACUUGAUUUACGAUGAUAAGAGCUGGACGGGCCUGAACGCCGGAGUGUUCCUCAUCAGGAACUGUCAGUGGUCCAUGGACCUCGUGGACGUAUGGGCCGGAAUGGGCCCGCAGACCCCGGAAUACAACAAGUGGGGCCAAAUCCUCAGAUCGACGUUCAAGGACAAGCUGUUCCCGGAGUCGGACGAUCAGACGGGCCUGAUUUACCUGAUCUACAAAGAGAAAUCAAAAUGGGCGGACAAGAUUUAUCUAGAGGGCGAAUACUACUUCGAGGGUUACUGGCACGAGAUAGUGGGAACGCUGGAUAACACGACGGAGAGGUACACGGAUAUGGAGAGAGAGGACGCCACGUUGAGGAGGCGGCACGCGGAGACAGUGAGCGAGCGAUACGGUGCGUAUAGGGAAGAGCGUCAUCUGAAGGACGCCGGGAACGGAAAAGGUAGCUGGAGAAGGCCGUUCAUCACGCACUUCACUGGGUGUCAGCCGUGCAGUGGGAACCACAAUGAGAUGUACCCCGGGAACUCGUGCUGGGAUGGGAUGCGAAAGGCAUUCAAUUUCGCGGACAAUCAGGUGCUUCGCAACUUCGGUUUCAUGCACCCGGAUCCACUGGAUUCCUCCAUCUCCACAGUGCCGUUUGAUUACCCUUGGUAAAACAAACGGCGUGGAUUGUGUAUUAAAUCUAGAGUAGACUAUGAAAUGUAGCUUUUAUCCCUUGCUCAAAUUACUUACUUUAAAAUUAGUACAUGAUUAAAGGAUAAUCUCCCUAUGAUGGGAGCAUCAUGUUUUGUUGGGUGUGUGGUCUUUUUAUUUUAAAAGAUAUUUUAUUA